AUGGUCGCCGAAGACUACGAGGCCGUCCUCAAGGGCAAAUACCCCGCCAAGUCGCACGCCAAGCGCGUCGUCGAGCUUAUCCGCGAGAAGAAGCCCGAUGCUACCGGCGUGCUCUAUCUCGAGGGCCGCAUGACCAAGCUCCUCGAGGACAAUGAUGGAGAAGAGCACUUCCGCCAGCGCCGAUACUUCUACUAUCUCACCGGUUGCAACCUCGCCGACUGCCACUUCGCCUACGACAUCGAAUCCUCCAAGUCGAUCCUCUUUAUCCCCCCCAUCGACCCCGAUAGUGUCAUCUGGUCAGGUCUCCCUGUCAGUAUCGACGAAGCCCUCGAGAGGUACGAAGUCGACGAGGUCCGACUCACCACCGAGAUCAACGCCACACUGACCAGCCUCGGAGGUGCCAACCCCAAGUCCACCGUCUUCGCUAUUGCAAACCAGGUCUCGGAUAGUGUCACAUUCCUCGAAUUCGAAGCCAAGGACUUCGACGUCCUGAAGACCGCCAUUGAGGUUUCGCGUGUUGUCAAGGAUGAGUUUGAGGUUGCCCUCAUCCGCAAGGCCAACGAGGUAUCAGACAUCGCCCACAGGGCCGUCGUGGAAAACACCGCCAAGGCCAAGAACGAGAGAGAACUGGAGGCCAUCUUUUUGGAACGAUGCGUUGCCAACGGAGGCAAGGAGAUGGCAUACAGCCCCAUCUUCGCCAGUGGCCGGGCCGCCGCAACUCUACACUACGUCAAGAACGACGAGCCUCUCGACGGAAAGCUGAACCUCUUGCUCGAUGCCGGUGCCGAGUGGAACAACUACGCUUCGGAUAUUACCAGAACCUUCCCGUUGUCGGGCAAGUUCACCAAGGAAUCUCGAGAAAUCUACGACAUUGUCCUCAAAAUGCAAAAGGAUUGCACCGACAUACUGAAGGAGGGCGUUCUGUGGGACGAUGUGCAUCUGCUUGCCCACAAGAUUGCCAUCGACGGUCUGUUGUCCAUUGGCAUUCUCAAGGGAGACAAGGAUGAAAUCCUCAAGGCCCGCACCAGCGUCGCCUUCUUUCCCCACGGCCUCGGACACUAUCUCGGUAUGGAUACCCACGAUACCGGCGGCAAUGCCAACUACAGCGACGAGGACACCAUCUUCCGCUAUCUCCGAGUCCGUGGCAAGCUGCCAAGCGGAAGUGUCAUUACCGUUGAGCCCGGCAUUUACUUUUGCAACUUCAUUAUUGCCCCUUAUCUAGAAGACCCCAAGCACAACAAGUUUAUCGACUCUGCGGUAUUGGACAAGUACUGGGAUGUCGGUGGAGUUCGCAUUGAGGAUAACAUUCUCAUCACUGCGACUGGCAGCGAGAACUUGACGACUGUGCCGAAGGAGGCAGCAGAGCUCGAGGCCAUGAUCUCAGGCAACUAA